CGUCAAAAGUGUUGUGCAAGCAAUUGUUUGAAUCGAAACUACUCUGAAUGAAACGAACAUUAUAAACAAAAAUAUUCUCGUCGUAUUUGUCAAAUUCUUGUUUUAAUAUUUUUAAAAAAAAAUAUUGUUUGUAUAAUGAGCGUAUAUUUGAAGUAAAAUUUAAACAAUGAGUGCAUUUCUAAGGUAUAUUGAAGUGGAAAACUUCAAAUCCUAUAAGGGUUUUGUUUCAAUUGGCCCAUUGAAACGAUUUACAGCCGUCAUUGGACCAAAUGGAUCCGGCAAAUCGAAUUUCAUGGAUGCAAUCAGUUUUGUGAUGGGCGAAAAAACAAAUUGUUUGCGUGUGAAGCGGCUUAGCGAAUUAAUUCACGGUGCUGCAAUUGGACGGCCCGUUUCCAAUCGAUGUUUUGUUACCGCAAAAUUCGAACUACCCGAUGGUACAAAAAUUGACUUCCAAAGAUCGGUCAUCGGUUCAUCGGCCGAUUAUAAAAUUAAUGGAAAGGGUGUUCAAAGCGGAACCUAUUUGGAAGAAUUGGAAAAAUUGGGAAUCAAUGUGAAAGCGAAAAAUUUUCUGGUAUUUCAAGGUGCUGUCGAAAGCAUUGCAAUGAAAAAUGCCAAAGAACGAACGGCACUAUUUGAAGAGAUAAGUGGCUCGGGUUUAUUGAAAGAUGAAUACAAUCGAUUAAAAUAUGAAAUGCAACAAGCUGAAGAGGAAACACAGUAUACAUACCAGAAAAAGAGAGGCGUUGCCGCUGAACGUAAAGAAGCCAAGGCUGAAAAGCAAGAAGCUGACCGAUAUGCACGUCUAAAAGAUGAAGUUGCUGAAAAGCAAAUCCAGUGUCAAUUAUUCCGUUUGUAUUAUAUCGAAAAAGAUAUUCAACGUUUGAUGAAUGAGAUAAAGGAGAAACAAGAAGAACUAACUGAUGUUGAAAAGAAAAAAGAACAAGCUGAUGAAAUUUUGAAAGAUAAGAAAAAAGAAGCGGGUAAACGUUCACGUGAAUUGGCCGAAUUGGAACAAAAAAUUCGUGUUGUUGAAGCCGAAAUGAGUAAAAAGCAUCCGAUGUUUAUCAAGGCCAAAGAAAAGGUGGCCCAUUCGCAGAAAAAGUUGACAACAGCACAGAAAAAUUUGGAACAAGCAAAGAAGGCCGAUGAGUCGCAUCAAGCUGACAUUCAAAAAUUGGAACAAGAAUUGGUUUCCGUACAAAAUACGAAACGUGAAUUCGAACAAAAAUUGGCCAAUGAAUCUCAGCGUCGUGGUACGAGCGUUGUGUCCGAACAGGUUCAUGUCGAAGAAUAUGAUCGUCUUAAGCAGCAGGCCGAAGCAACAGCCGCCCAAUACGUGAGCGAAUUGGAAUCGAUAAAUCGAGAACAGAAAUCUGAUCAAGAUUUGCUGGACAACGAAACAAAUAAGAAAGAACAAAUCGAAGGCCAAUUGGAAAAAUGCCGACUGGAAAAAGAAGAAGUUCAAAAGCGAAUGGAAAAGUUAUUCGAUCACAUUCGAUCGAGUGAGCAAGCACUGCAAGAGCAAAAUCGUAUCAAAGACGAACUGAAAAACGAUGUCGGCUCAUCAAAGGAACGUAUCGCUGAAUUGCAAAAAGAAUUGGAUAUGGUACGCGAUCAGUUGGGCGAUGCCAAAGGUGACAAGCACGAAGACGCUCGCCGCAAAAAGAAACAAGAAGUUGUGGAAUUAUUUAAGCGUGAAGUUCCCGGUGUGUACGAUCGAAUGAUUAAUAUGUGUCAGCCAACGCACAAACGCUACAAUGUGGCCGUUACAAAAGUUUUGGGUAAAUACAUGGAAGCCAUUAUCGUUGACACAGAGAAAACAGCACGGCGUUGCAUACAAAUUUUGAAAGAGCAACGCUUAGAGGUUGAAACAUUUUUGCCGCUAGAUUAUUUACAAGCAAAACCAUUAAAACAACGUUUGCGUGACAUCAAAGAGCCAAAACAAGUGAAAUUGGUGUACGACGUACUAAAAUUUGAUCCACCAGAAAUUGAAAAGGCCGUUUUAUUUGCAACAAAUAAUGCAUUGGUCUGUGAAACACCAGAAGAUGCCAUGAAAGUUGCAUACGAAAUUGAUCGCAGUCGUUAUGACGCACUCGCAUUAGACGGAACAUUUUAUCAAAAAUCCGGUAUUAUUUCUGGUGGUAGCCACGAUUUGGCACGCAAAGCCAAACGAUGGGAUGAAAAGCAUAUGGCACAAUUGAAAUCGCAAAAAGAAAAAUUGGCCGAAGAUUUGAAGGAAUUGGUGAAAAAAUCCCGUAAAGGCAGUGAAUUGGCAACGGUUGAGAGUCAAAUUAAAGGACUCGAAAAUCGCUUGAAAUACAGCCAAAAGGAUUUGGAAGCAUCAAAGAAAGCCAUCCAAAACUACGAAAAGAACCUUAAAGAUUUGGAAAAUGAAUUGAAUGCAAUCAGCCCGUUGAUCGGGACAAUUGAACGACGGAUGGCACAACGAAACCAAAAGAUUGAGGAAAUCAAGCAAAAAAUGAACACAGUCGAAGAUCGUGUAUAUGCUGAUUUCUGUAAAAAAAUCGGUGUGGCCAACAUUCGACAAUUCGAAGAACGUGAAUUGGUGUUGCAACAAGAACGUGCCAAAAUGCAGGCUGAUUUUGAUCAACAAAUUGAUCGUGUCACAUCACGAUUGGAUUUCGAACGCACAAAAGAUACUCAAGUAAACGUUCAACGUUGGGAACGUGUUAUUUCCGACGAAGAAGAUGCAUUUGAAAAGUGCAAACAAAAUGAAGAAAAACAACGGGCCGCCAUCGAUGCGGACAAAGCACAGAUCGAACAACUCAAAGGUGAAAAGAAUGAAAAAAAGAAAGACGUUGACAAUUUGGAAAAAGAAGUGAAUAAAGCGCGUCAUGAUGUGGCCACAUUAGCCAAAGAAAUUCACAAUAUCAACUAUCAAAUUUCAUCCAUUGACACAAAAGUCGAGACAAAGAAAAAUGAACGACAUAACAUUUUGAUUCAAAGCAAGAUGGACGACAUAAUGAUUCCAAUGAUAAAUGGUAAUUUAAAUGAUAUCGAUCAAGGUGGUGAUGAUCAGAAUGAAUCGAUGGUUGUUGGCAGUUCGGCUGCAUUGGCACGUGAGAGUCUACUUCAAAUCGAUUAUAGUAAACUGCCGCGAAAUGUAUUGGAAUUGAAUACUAAUGAAGCGAUUAAAAAGAUGAACGAUACGCUGCAAAAAGAGUUGCAAUCUAAGCAAGACACAUUGGAGCGCAUUCAAACGCCAAACUUGAAGGCAAUGCAAAAAUUGGAGAGCGUCUCUGAAAAGAUUCUUGCAACGAAUGAAGAGUUUGAGAAUGCACGUCGCAAGGCGAAGAAAGCAAAGGCUGCAUUUGAAAAGGUAAAAAAUCAACGAUAUGAAAAAUUCAAAGCGUGUUGCGAUCACAUCACAGAAGAAAUUGACGGCAUUUAUAAAUCGUUGGCUCGAAAUGAAGCUGCUCAAGCAUACUUGGGACCAGACAAUCCAGAAGAACCAUAUCUGGAAGGUAUCAAUUAUAAUUGUGUUGCGCCUGGCAAACGAUUCCAGCCCAUGAGCAAUUUGAGUGGUGGUGAAAAAACAAUUGCCGCGUUGGCACUUUUGUUUGCCAUUCAUAGCUAUCAACCGGCACCAUUUUUCGUACUCGAUGAAAUCGACGCAGCUUUAGACAACACGAACAUCGGCAAAGUUGCCUCGUAUAUUGUCGAAAAGACCACAAAUCUACAAACAAUUGUCAUAUCACUUAAGGAAGAAUUCUACGGCCAUUCGGAUGCACUUGUUGGUAUUACACCAGACCCUGGCGAUUGUUUGAUCUCACGGGUCUAUACCUAUGACUUAACACUGUUCGAGGACACACUCACUUAAAAAGAAGCAUGGCAUAAUAUUUACAGCCAACUUCAAUUUUACUUGACUACAAGAAUAUCAAAAAUAAUUAUUUGUAUUUUAAAACAAAAGUCUUCAUAAAUAAAUUUUUAAAUGUACUGCA